AUGGAGGAAACCAACGUGGCCGAGGAAGUCGUGCAGGGAGUCGCACAGGAAGAGCACGCAAAUGAGAAGAAGGGGCAAAAUGACGAGAGCCCACCAAGUGGAGAGAGCGCCCCCAAUGGGGUGAACGCCCCCAAUGGAGAGGACGCCACUAAUGGAGAAAACGCCGCUAAUCUAGAAAAGACACUUACUGAAGAAGACUUCAAAUACGACGAAAACAGAAUUGUUUACACAAAGAAUGAAUUCCUAUACGCCUACAUUGAAUUGAUCCUGAAUGAGAAGGGGCUGGGGGAGGACCACGACCUGCCUCUAUGCAGCAACCAGUUUAAGUUCCCUGAGUUAUUUAACGACUUAAGAAAAGGGGAUGAUGAAAAAAACCACUUGGGAGGUGAAGAAGGAGACAAUGAUCACAGCAAAAGUAACGCAAUUGGCGAUGAGGAAGAUGGAGGUGUCUACAAUAAGCAUCACUACAGAAACUUCGCAGAAAGGGGAGGUUCUUCGUCAGCCUUUUUCAACAACGAAAUUGACAGAGGAAGAAUUAGAAAUGACUUUUUCACCAGAGAUGGAAACAACUUCAUGAACAAAAAUAACCUUCAAGAUUCGACUGACUCGAACAAUCCGCUAAAUAGCAUGAACAGGAGGAGCAACCAUCUGCUGAAAAACAACAAAUUUAGCAAAUUCUUCAAUGGAGGGAAUGCAAGCGGGAUGAACAUUAGCGGUGGCAACCACAGCGGUAAUCAGCUUUAUGGAGGUUCAAAAAACCAGUUUGAGGCUGGCCUAGGGGAAGGAAGCAACCGUAACAGCUUCAUCAGGAAGACGAAUUUCCAUGCGGAUGGAAACAAUCCCGCCUUCAUGGGCCAAGACAAUGCCGGGAAUAAUAACCCCAUGGGAGGAAGUGGUGGCCACCUGGGAAGCAACACUGCAGCGAACAAAACUCUUUGGAGGGAGUACGAUAAGGGGAUUUCCUCGUGGAGGUCCUCCAAAACAGACAACAAGACAGACGAAAAUGUGAAGAAUGAUCCAAAGCUAAGAGGUCCUUCCAGAGGGUUCAGCAAAAGUUUUCCCGACAAUAUGAAGAUGACUUCGCCUUCCCCACAAAAUUCGGAUGACGAAAAUGAAAAUAAUAACGACGUGGCUAGGAAUAUGAACAAGAGUAACUACCCAAACGACAGAGGACCAAUGCACAUCAAGAGGGAAGACAUGUUUACCAACCACCCCUUUGGAUACAAAAAUUUGAAUAUGACUAAUAACAUGGGUCAAAUGAGCAGCAGUGGUGCCUUUAUAAACCAGUUUAACAGCCCCAGUGGUGGUUACGCUGCUGGAGGUGCCACUUCUUCUACUGGUGCUACCUCCGCUGCUGGUGCUUCUUCUGCUACUGCUUAUAGCUACCACUUGGGAGUCAACUCCAUGGGGCGCCAUGCACAAAACAAGAACGACGGAGUACGUAGCAGCGCAACGGGUGCAGGAGAUCCCACCAACAAAAGAUCAGUGGAGAAUAAUACCCCUGGCUCGUUAAACCAUUCGAGUGGGCAAAACAAAAAUUUCAACUUUCCCUCCCCCACUUCUGCAUUCUAUGGAAAUAAAGCAAUUGGCAGCAGCAGUGGGCCCAAGAAAGGUUUCAGCGAUCUGCACACCAUGAUGGGUACUAACGCUACGGGCAGUGCUGCAGCGUUCCUCGCACCUAGUGGCAGCAUGGCAAGCAGCAACAAUGUCAACACAGAUGACGAUUGGAAGAUGAAGAAGUAUAAGAAGAUCCCCGCCAGUGGCAACAACCCAGAGCAGCACCAGCAGCUACAACCGCAACAGCAGCCGCGCAUGGGGGAAGAGAAGGCCAAGAGAGGAGACGACCGAAAUGAAUUUGCCAAUCUUUUUAUGAACAAGGGUAACGAGUCCAGCAAGCUAAACAUGCAUGGCAUGGGGUCCGUGCACGAAGUGAAUUUGUACAACUAUGCUGGAAACAGUGCCGGUGGAGCCUCUUCCCUUGCGGGAGGGGUGCACCCAAACGUGACGUACAAGGUGAAGGGCAGCGAAGUGGGCAAAUCGACCAAUCCAGACAUGCUUAAUAAUGACCUGACGGAUGGAAGAGGCAACCACAGCAUGGACGAAAUGAAUAGGACUGGGGCAAAUGACACAUCCGCUGCGAUGAUUAACAGCAUGGGGAGGAAAAUCGGCAGAGGUGGAGCAGGAACGGCAGCCAACAACAACUUCUCUGCGUCCCACGAAAUGGUGAGGGGUCCACCCAGCCACGCCAGCGGCAAUGUAAGCGGCGGAAACAACCAGAACAGCAUUGGCAGCACCCCCUUUAAUAUCAACCGAGGCGCGAAGGGAAACCAGAAAAGAGAAACCAAAAAUGAGAAGCACGUAUUGGAAGAUGACUGGAGCAACAUAAGGAGGAAAUCCAGCUUUGUUGACAGCAAAAAGGCGACGGACGAUUUCAUGUGGCACAAGAUGAGCGAGCAGUUUGAUAAGAACAACAAAAUAUCCUUCGACUCGCUUUAUCUCAAAACGGAUCAGAGCGUCGCGGUCACCCUAAGCCGACGUCGAAAUUAUGAUCACAGCAGUGUCGGGGGAGCGAACACUGGUGCGAAGAAUGAAAGGAAGGACAGUGCAGAGGGUAGUAACCACACUCUUGGUGGCAACAUUGGAGGUAACCUUAGCGGCCAUGCCUUUCCUGCACUGAAGGCGAAGAAGGCAAACGAUGGCUCCUUUCCGGCUGUUACACCCAACAGUGCAGCGUUAAAGUCGAAUGAGCAGCAGAAGGGCGCCGCCAAGCUGAACACCUCGGCGGAGGACAAACCCGGCGAUGGAAGCGGAAAUAACAAACCAACGACUGAAAAAAGCAAAAAGAAGAAGAAGAAGGGAGAUAAAGAUGGUGCAAAGGGUGGAGAAAGGGGCGGUGAAAAAGAUGGCGGGAAGGAUAAAGAAAACGUAAGUAAAAACGGAAAGCAAAACGGAGAGCAACAAGGCAAACAAAACGACAAGGACACCCACCUCGCACAGGGGACGGAAGACCAAAACAGACAAAUGAAAGCCCCCGGGGAAAAUGUUAAAAUGAACCCUAAGGACACAAGUAAUGAUAAUAUAUAUAAUUCAUUUCAUGAAGAAAAUAAUUCUGCACUUCAUGAAAGCAGCUACUAUAAAUUUUCCCUUAAUGAAAAAAAAUAUGUCCAUAAGAAUAAUAACCUUAACUGUAACCCUAACCAUAAUCCUAACCCUAAUGUUAAUGUUAAUAUUAAUACAAAUAAAAAUAAAAAUCUUAACGAAAAAAAGGAACUCAUUUUUAAUAAAUUAUAUCAUGUUGAUAAAAUCAAUUUACAGGAAGAACAUAGGGGAAUGAUGAUGGCUGCCCAGAAAUUUGAUGAGCACGACCUGUGCAGAGAGUCCAGUCAGCAGCCUUACCGCGUCAUGGGUGGCCCUUCCUCCACGCAUCCGCGGCAACAACAGCAGCGUACCUAUGAAGGCCUACUUCCAACGCACGGUACCAUCAUCGGAAAAACGGACCAGCGAAACUUGUUUGAGACCAAUAACAAUUCCAAACCCGCUUACCCCUUCCAAGAAAAGGAGAGCAGCAGCAGCAGCAGCCUGAAUGAACGCUACUUCCUAGCCAAUCGCUACGCCAAGUAUGACCAAUUUAAAAACAACAAAAUUUCCGAGGACAGGGACAGCAUGAUGGGCAGCAUCCCCCAGGAGAGUCUCCUGCAGAAGAUUAAGCGGAAACAAAUCAGCGCUGGACACAGCAUGAACAAUGCGAGUAACCCGAAUGAUGUGCGUUGUGCGAACAAUGUGCACAGUGAGGACGGCGCGGACAACACGAGCAAUCUUAACAAUAGCGGUGCGAAUGGUAGCAUUUGCCCCCAGCAGAGAAACCACAAGGAGCACGCAGGUUCCCACCCCGGCAGCCACAUGAAUCAGAAGUUUAACCCAACUCAUCUCGUAAACAAGCGACACGACAAUUUAGUCGACCUGGCCAGUAGCCCUAACUGUAUGGACCAAUCGGUCAACAGCAGUAACAUAUCGUAUCUCCUCUCCGUCAUGAGAAACGCAGAGGCAGUCUCUGCAGGAGCAGGAACACCAGCAGCAGCAGGCGGUGUCAAUGUCAUGACACCCACGCCGAUCACUACGAACAGAAGCGGAAACGCCCUCUUUACCAGUGCAGUGAAGGGUGCAAGAUCCUCCCACCCGAAUCUAAGCCAACCACAUACGACGAACCAGAAGUACUACAGCACACCAGACAUUAAUAGAUGCAGUGAAGAAGGUCCAAUGGACAGAGAACAGCUAACGCGAAUGGAAAAACAAAACAUCCUUUUAAAGAGAAUUAUGAGCAAAAUUAAAAUGGAGGAAAAUAUCUAUAACAAAUUAAGCCAAAGUGAAAAAGAAGAAUUGCUAAAUGAGCUAGCUUUAACCAAUGCGAAACGUGUGGACGCGUAUGGAUAUGCUCAGGAAGAUACAUCCCCCCUCCUUAGCAUGAUAGGGAAAGAUAUGUAUCACUCGGCUACGGGAAGUAGCGGUGUCCUUGAAGGGACACACCAGAAUUUGAAGAACACGACCAGUAGCAUGGAGCUUAUGAAUUACAUGUAUGGCAACAGUGCCCGUAUGAACGUCAGGAACAAUAAAUUCAAUGUGGCCACAACAAACGUUGCAGCCUCGUAUCGCCACAAUGGUGAAGACAACGGCGAUGAUGGAAACAAGGACCACUGUAACUUGAAAAAUAAGAUUAAUCAUAUGAGCAAAAAUGAGGCCCUUUCAUACACUCAGGAAGUGGAGUUCGCCGGGAGGCAUCUCCUGUGUGAGGGCGGAAAGGGGAGGGGGGCACUAGACGAGGAGGAGAAGAAAGGCCAUUCGGAUAAAAUUGCUGCUGGACACUCCGUUGAAAUUACUUGUGACCACUCGGGUGAAACUGCUGGUGACCAGUCGGCCAGCCACGCAAAGGCCUCCCCCCCCGCGCAAAGUGACGAGAAGAGCUCCUUCAUGAAUGUAAGCAGGUGGCUAAAAUAUUUCAGCAGGGGUAAGGGAAGCGACCAGGUGGAAGGCCCUCACGUGUCAGCGAAGGAGAAAGCCAUGCAGAUGAAUGAAGUGCAUCACAUCCACGACAGCAAUGAGGGGGGAUGCACCGAUAAGGGGACCCCAUCCGGAGGAGUAAAAGGACUAGAAGAAGUAGAAGAAGAAGAAGCUGAAGAAGAACAAGAAGCAGAUGAAGAAGAAGUAGAAGAAGAAGGACAGGCCACCACCGCAUAUCGUUAUAACACCCAAGGAGUAAUGACGCCAGGUGGAAGAGCUCAACAGAAAUGUCAGAACAACAGUAACGCUGACUACACAGGAUAUUCUUCAAACCAUUUUCAUGAACAGGCGGAAGUUGAAAAAAAAAUAUUCAGUGGUAUGAAAGAGGAGAAGAAAGGUCAACAAUACGACAGGGUAGACAGUUCCUCCCCUCCAUGCGCUGUUAACGAAAAUGUUAGCAGCGGCAUGGCCACGGGGCGUAACCUCUUGGGGGAGUUUCCUCGCAAGGGAAUCAACUCCACUGGAGAAGACGCACACAAAAAUAGUGAAAAUCGGAGCAAUGUAGACAUCACCAAUAAUCAGUAUAUACACAUAAUAAGCCGAAUAAAUAAAAUCAGAGGAGAUGUUUGGCAAUAUAAAGAUCCCGCAGGAAAUGUGCAAGGUCCCUUCUCAUCCGAAUUGAUGUUCUACUGGUGGUCACUGAAGUACUUUCCACAGAAUUUACCCCUCCGAUUUAAUGAGAAUAUGCCCUGGGUUAGCUUCAACGAAAUGUUCCCUCCUGGGACAUUCCCUUUUGUUUUUCCACUGACCAGUUUUCCUAAAAAUAAUUACCACAUGGUGAAGAAGGAUAACGAUCAUUCUUCUGCUCAGCAGGGUGGCGACCUUGCCAAUAGUCUGGAAGCCUUCAAGACGAGGUCCUCUCUAGAGAGCCAACCUUUGCGAAAUAAUCGCCUAAAUAGCGCUGGCCUGCAGAGGGGUGACACGAACAAUUACCUCUACGCGAAUGGCACUGCUAGCCAGAUGAGCAGUUUGAACCGUCUCAACCAUUUGAAUCACAUGAACCAUCCGAACCGUCUGAAUCAUAUGAACCAUUUGGUGAAUAACCAGGAUAAUUUAUCAUCAAAGGGUUACAACAUAGAUGUGGCGAAGAACCAAAGGGGGAUACUGACUCAGGAAGAUGGAAUAACAGCAACACUAACCACCGCGACAACAAGCAGCAUGUACAAUGACAAAGAGUAUUCCCACUUCCGUGAUGGCGGGAAGCAAAAAUCGGAUGGCCCCAUACCAACGAGAGGAGAAAGAGAUAUCCCGAGAAGGGCAAUACAUUCCACCGGUAGUGGUAGCAGUCCUCGCACCGAUAAGGAAGUCACUGAGAUGGAAAAGUACCUCCUCUCGGGUGGCGAUCAUCGUGAUGACAAUGUCAAAACAGCGACUCAGACAUACAAGGCGAAGGGAAACAUGCAGAGUCAGAAUAAUUACGCGGGAGCGCAUCACUCGGCAGGAGGAGUAAUACCCCCCAUCUCCACAGCAGCAGCGAUAGGGGCGCAGAAGUUUCCCGCAAAUUACAAAGACGGAGGAAACGCCGUUCAUAAUUCGGCACACCACACCAGAGACCACGUUAGUGGAUUCCCUGCGAACUUCCCCCACCACGACACGAAAUUACCCAACGAGGAGAAAGGGACAAAUCUUCCACAUGAAGAAGCAGAUCAGGAUGAUGAUCCCUUUUCCGGGACAAUCAGGUGGAUGCCGGAAAAACUCACCAAAUUCCCGAAGAUGUUCGAGUUUGAACUGAGCGCAGAGGGGGAAGGAGGAGAGCUACAAAAAGGGGUACAAAAAGAGAUACAAAAUGAGGCAGGGGAGAAGUUACCUCCAGGUGCAGCCCCUUCCCAACUGUACAACGAUAGUGUGGCACUCCGAGACAAGAAUCAGCAAAGAGCUGGGGAUGAAGAGGAAGAGAUGUCUACAAAAUUGCGCGACAACAGCGGGGGCCUUAAUGACAGGCAAAUGAACCAAUACACGGUUUGUCCUGCUCCCAAUGCGAAGACUACGGCGAAGAGCGACAACAAACAACCAAGUGAUAAGCUCAACACACAUAGUAAGAGUAACAACGUGGUGGUGAGUGACGACACGAUGCUCUCUCUAACCGAGGCAAACUCCAAACGGAGCGUCGCCAACCAUGAGGGAGGACCAAAGGCGAAGGCGAAAAUGGUUCCUUCCACUGUCGGAAGCGGAAAACAAGCUAAGGACGGUAAGGUCACUGCGAGGAAGCCAGAGGAGGAAGAGGACACCAGCGAGGGGUACGCCACUAUGAAGAAGAACAAAAAGGGAAAAAAUGGAAAGCGCGAAAAGGGAGAAAAGCCAGAAAAGGCAAAUAAAGCGGAAAAAACCGAUAAGAUCGAUAAAGCAGAUCAGGUGAAGAAGACAGAGAAGAAGCGAAACAAAACCAACGGAAGUGGAAAAGAAAAGGAAAAGAACCACCACCAGAUGGAUGAGACAACACAGGUGGAUGGGCAGAUGGGCCCGGAGACCAGUGCGAUUGCGGGCCACUGGGAGGAGGCAAAGAAAAAGCGAAAGGGCGAUGAUAUAGAUAAGGCCAAAGCUGAUGAAGGCGAAAAGGACGUAGCGAAAAAGAGUAACAACCCGAAAAAGAAGAAAAAGGAAAGUGGUGGACAGCUGGUAGGUAAGAAUGGCGAAGCGCCCCUGCCGCAGCAGUCGGAGUGCGAAGAACAGCAGCACCGCGAGAAGAAGGCCCAGAAGGAGGGAAAGAAGGAAGAUUCCAGCAAAGUGGGAACUGCCAUGACGCCAAGCACGUCCAACGCAGUGAACCCUGUAAGCACGGCCAGUUCGAGCAACCCUAAGGGGACCGAAAAAAAAACGGAAAAAAUGAAGUGGAGUAUAACGGGCGAGAGAAAAAUAGACAAGCUGGUAGACAUCAUGAAGGGAGAAGAGAAGAGUGUAAACAUGAAGAUAAAAAUUGAAAACUCCAAAAAGAAAAUGGCAGCCAGUGCCAACGGAAACAACGCAAGUUGUGCCAAUGGCACGGUGAAGAAAUCCGGCUGGGACGUCUCCUUCAGCACAAGUGUGAAAGACUCGGACAACGUAAAUUUUCCGCAUUUGUCCACAGGGGGAGGAAGCAAACAAAGCAAAGCAAAAGCUGGGGCGAAGGGCAACCUGACAAGUAAAGUGAGCUCCCUGAACAAGAACACUGCAAACAGUACUCUCAACGGUAGUGGUGUAAGCCUUGUCCCCUUCACAAUGGCGUUCGAUAACAAUAACGCCAAAGGUGUGGGCGCGAAGGGCAUCACAGAUGUAUCUAUUAAAAAACAGAGUGAGAAGAAAAAAUGGAAAAGCGAAAGCGGCGAUCUGCAGCCAAGCGAGGAGGACAAGAAGUUCCCACCCCUCCUGAAUUCUGCGGCCGGUAAAGUCGAAAGCACCAAGAAGAAAACGAACAACCCCCCCGAGCGGGAACUAACAGACCUGAAGCAACUGACGAGCAUGUGCAAGCUCCCCCUGGACGACUCCCUCUUGAACUUUCUAAAGAACUUCAAAAAGGCCGACGAAAUUUACGCCUUCCUGCAGCACAGCGUGGAAGAUAAAAAGAAGCUCAGCCAGUUUGCCAAGGAGUUUAUAAAAAUAAACAGCAAGAAUGACGUGAAUGGCCAAACUGCCAAGAAGAAGAAGUAG